GUUUGAAUGAGCACUUCUUCUUUGCCCCUCCUGUUGCCAUUCUAAAGGUGAGAGGCAACGUUUUUUGCAGGGGGAUGCUGAGGUGAAUGGGCUGAUUCACUUGCAGGAGUUGUGGCUGGAGGCAGUAGCAGGACCGCGGUGAGGGCUACCCGGGAAUAUUUGUAGUAUAAAACUUUUCUUUUUUUUUUUCAAUUAACUUACUCUGAAACUAAAUAUCAGUUCAGUAUUGGUGGAAGUAUGCGCCUGUAGUGAAAUCCCUGCAGCUUUUUUUUUUUUUUUUUUUCCCCUCCGUGAUUUCAUCCAUCUUCAGCACUUUGCGUCUUGGUGCGCCUCCCUGACCCACAGCUGUCCCCUCACUGUUACACCAUGUGGAUUACUUUGGCGUUUAUUUUUGCAGUCGUCCGUCCCGAGGGAAGCUGGGGGUGUCAGCUACCCCACGACUGGAGACCUCAGACGGAAGCGUGCCGUGCAGAGCUGGCGGAGAUCAUCGUCUUUGCCAAGGUGCUGGCACUACACAAGGAGUCGUACAGCGUCUAUAACUAUCUGCCAUGGCAGCACGACACUGAUCUGCUCUUCUCCGCCGAGAUUGAGCUCCUGUGCGAUCAGGCGUGGGGCAGCAUGCUGGAGGUCCCUGCGGGCUCCAGGUUUAAUGUCACCGGCCUAGGCUACUUCCCCUGCUUCUCCUACAGCGUCACCACAGACAACAACUACUACUUCUUUCUAAGGAUGGAUGAGAAUUACAACAUUGUCCCCCACGGAGUGAACUUUCAAGACCCCAUCUUUCCAGACACCACAGAGAACCACCGCAUGUUUGCUAGCCUCUUCCAGUUUUCCAACUGCACACCUGGAACUCAAGUCCACACCUUUACACCGGAGUGGGAGGCUCAGGAGGAUAGCCGGUUGAUGUGCUCCACCGUGCAGAAGGCUCUGUUUGAGGAGGAAGAGAGGGUGAGGACGCUCUCCCAGAAAGUGCGCUCCUUGGAGAAAGCCAAUGGCCACCUGAGAGAAAAGGUGAAGACCAUGAAGCGUUUGCUACGCCAGGCUCAGCGAGACACAACAAAAGAGCAACAAACCCUCAGUUUCAAACAGAUUUACGAGUCAAAGAAGCCGCAAAGUCACCCCGAUCAGGACACGACUCAGGAACAGAAGAACCAGCCGCUUAAAAAGGCCCUCUCCAAAAAGCUGAAAAAUUAGAGCUUCUUCCCAUUAACCGAUGAAGAAAUGCUCUCUGUGAAGCAUUAGUGGCAGAUCAAACUGAAAUAAUAGUAAACGAAAUGUUGGGCGAGGUGACAGAAACAGCAAAAAUAUCCACAAUUCAGAAUAAACACGAGAACUACUGCAUUCUCUGUGCCUUCCACAGGUUUCAUGUUGUUAUUUCUAAAGAAACAUUCAUUCUAACCUGCAGAAUGAUUCCUCUGCUUUGCUGAUGCAACAAAGUUUAGCGCAUCACUCUUUAGUUCAUGGUUCAGUUGAUCUGUGCCAGUGACAUUGUCACCUACAUUAAGAGUCUUACUUCAAUGAUCAGUCUCUCUGAAUAACUGUACUGUCACCUUUCCUAACCUGCAACUUAUACCAUUGUUCUCUGUUAGUUUAUUUCAGUGGCAGCACAUACAAUUGCUAGAAAGGUCAUAGUUCAUAGCUUUUGGAUGUCCAAACAAUAGGGAGAUAAUGUUCAAACAUUGGAAAUGAAAUAUCUCUUUGGAUAUUUCUUUUUUCUGUGCUGGACACAAACAUUGUAUGAAUAUUAGAAUUUCUUGCUUUUGUUAUCAAAAUACUCAAAACACUUUAAAAUUAAAGUUUAAAAUUAAGUUUCAAGAAUACUGAGGUACAAAUGACAUUUUAUUAUCUGAGAAGUCUGAAAGUUCUUUAUUUGUUGAGUUCUUUUAAAAAAAGGUUAAUUUCAGAUGCUUAAAAUGACUGGAUAUGCAAGCUGGUGAGCUUAAAUAAGUAUGUGUGAUGUAAGUGAUUAUAGGUCUGCAUAUUGUUCUGGUUGUGUCUAGGAGGAGAAUACCGAAACAUAAGGUGUCAAAAACAUUUUUAAUAUUCCAGUUCACAUUUAUUUGUGAUUUGUGAUAAAUCAAAGUGUCAUUUUUGUAUAUGAAAACAGGGUGUUGAGCACCCAAUAAUUCCAGCCAGUGAGCCUGGCGUGGUACAGGAUUGGCUUUUUCUGUGUCAGAAAAAAAAGGUUGCUUUUAUUAUACAUUCUGUAUUUGCUUUUGAUAUUAUUUUGCUCUCUCUAAAAUGUAAACAUUGGG